UUCAUAAUUUGAUUGAUCAUAGAUACAAAUUUCAUGUCUUCUUCUUCGUCUGAGAGUGUGGAAGUGUGACAGCCAAACCCAAAACCCCGAAAUAUGGCGUACCCUCGACUCUCCGGCACCGCCACCAGAGGCGGAGCAUCCUCCUCUUUCAGACUACUUGCCCUCGCCAUUACCGCCUCCGCCGUCAUCUUCUUCUUCUCCUCCCUCACUUUCGUCUUCACUCCCUCCACCGGCGACUCCUCCGAUCUCGACUCCUUGGGUUUCAAUUCUGGUUCUUUUGGAUUGGGAUCGACAAGAAGGUCGGUGCUGGCUUUGAAAUCCGACCCGUUAAAGCCCCGGCUGGACCAGAUCCGGAAGCAGGCCGAGGAUCAUCGAACUCUAGCCCUAGCUUAUGCCAGCUAUGCUCGGAAGCUGAAGCUCGAGAACGCCAAGCUGGUCAGGAUCUUCGCUGAUCUCUCUCGGAACUACUCCGAUCUCAUGAACAAGCCGUCGUACCGGGCUCUUUUCGAGUCCGAUGGGCUCUCCAUUGAUGAAUCGGUGUUGCGGCAGUUCGAGAAGGAAGUGAAGGAGCGGAUUAAGGUCACUAGGCAAGUGAUCGCCGAGGCGAAAGAGUCUUUCGAUAACCAGCUCAAGAUUCAGAAGCUGAAAGAUACUAUUUUUCAAGUGAAUGAGCAGCUGACCAAGGCCAAGAAGCAGGGGGCUUUCUCCAGCUUGAUUGCCGCCAAGUCGAUCCCCAAAAGCUUGCAUUGUGUGGCAAUGCGGUUGAUGGAGGAGCGGAUUGCGCAUCCGGAGAAGUAUACGGAUGAAGGGAAGCCGACGCCGCCGGAGUUGGAGGAUCCGAGUUUGUACCAUUAUGCUAUAUUUUCGGAUAAUGUAAUUGCCGCGUCUGUGGUGGUGAAUUCGGCAGUGAAAAAUGCCAAGGAGCCUUGGAAGCAUGUGUUCCAUGUGGUGACUGAUAAGAUGAAUCUUGGAGCGAUGCAGGUUAUGUUCAAGUUGAAGGAGUACAAUGGGGCAAGAGUUGAGGUGAAGGCUGUGGAGGAUUACAAGUUCUUGAAUUCUUCGUAUGUGCCGGUGCUUAAGCAAUUAGAGAAUGCAAAGUUGCAACAGUUUUACUUUGAGAAUAAGCUCGAGAAUGCAACCAAAGACACAACAAACAUGAAGUUUAGGAACCCUAAGUAUUUGUCCAUAUUGAACCACUUGAGGUUUUAUUUGCCUGAAAUGUAUCCAAAGUUGAACAGAAUUCUGUUUUUGGAUGAUGAUAUCGUGGUUCAAAAGGACUUAACUGGGUUGUGGAAGAUUGAUAUGGAUGGGAAGGUGAAUGGGGCGGUUGAGACAUGUUUUGGGUCCUUCCAUCGUUAUGCACAGUACAUGAAUUUCUCACACCCAUUGAUCAAGGAGAAGUUUAAUCCCAAUGCCUGCGCUUGGGCUUAUGGAAUGAAUUUCUUUGAUUUGGAUGCUUGGCGAAGGGUGAACUGCACAGCGGAUUAUCACUACUGGCAGAAUCUGAACGAGAAUCGUACCUUGUGGAAAUUGGGGACUUUACCCCCAGGUUUGAUCACAUUUUACUCAACUACAAAGCCACUGGACAAGUCAUGGCAUGUUCUGGGACUUGGCUAUAACCCAAGCAUCAGCAUGGAUGAGAUUCGCAAUGCUGCAGUCGUGCACUUUAAUGGGAAUAUGAAGCCUUGGCUUGAUAUUGCCAUGAACCAGUUCAAGCCAAUCUGGGAGAAACAUGUGGAUUAUGAUUUAGAGUUUGUUCAGGGCUGCAACUUCGGGAUGUAAAUGACUCAAGUUGCUGAAGCGCUAGUUAGAGGAUAUGCAAAAGCUAUUCCUGAAGCUAGUAAGCUAUUAUCCCACUUUUGGGUUCUGUUGCUGCUCCUUGCAGGUCCAAUUGUUCGUAUUAGAUAUAGAAAAGAUCGGCAUCAAUCUAAGUGUAGCAUAUACUUGUUUUCUAUGUCAAUCUUAGAUUUAUUUGGUGAAUACAACCUAAAGCUUACUUGGGAUACUAAAUUAUUCAAUUGGUGAUAUUUAUCAGUAAACUUCCUUGAAUUGUUUCUCUUGGACCCUGAAGAUGUAAAUCUGCUUAGCGUCUCUUAUUUCCAAAUGUAUCCACUAAAACAUUGUAGUUAAUAAUAUUAUGCACUUUUGCUUGUC